AUGCCGACGAAGCGGAUUUCAUUAACCGAGUGUUUAGAUUUGGAUAGAGACGUGGAUGGUGAUCAGCGGACCGGAAGUGCUACGGCCUACGAAAUGGGCUGCGGCUCCUCCGCCCAAGUGGUUUCCGGUCACGACGCGGCUAGCGACGGGGUCACGACCGACGCAAAGCUCAUCGGCAACGGACACCACGACGACGACCUGCCGACGGUAGUGUUGCCCGAUACGCCAGCGAGGCCGAAGCCACCAAUUGCUUACGAGAUACCGCUGGAGGAGUUCGACGGGAACCGUGGGGCGGCGGUGACCCCACCACCACACGUACAGAGGCUCCUGCAACCUCCCACCGCAGAGAUCACUCUGCCGCACAUAGAAGAGAAACUCGCUGAGGCGGAGCAAAGAAGACAGCUGAUCCUUCAACAACGGGCAACUUCUGCCCAGAAACGAGCACAGAAAAUCAUAAGUGCGUUUAACGAAACUGGCAACAUUAACUCUAAUAUGACCGAGAUCCUUAAGCACGGUGCGAACGCUUUGACAAUCCCACCAGAGCCGAGACAGGGCGCAGACAAAAAUAUA